UGUUUGCUGGCACCGCCCGCCCGCCUGGUGCAGAGCGCUAGUCGCGGCGAACGGCGUUGCCAUUUAAAGGGGCCGCGACCCCUGUCCCGGCUGCCAGGGAGGGAGGUGGAGAAGGAGCGUGAGGCCGUCGCUGUCUGCAGUUCUAAGCUUGUAGCGGUUACACUAACCCUGCCGCAGCCCAUAUCCAGCCAUCCUCAUGGACCCCAGUGAUUUCCCCAGUCCAUUUGAUCCAUUGACCCUGCCAGAGAAGCCCCUGGCUGGAGACCUUCCAGUAGACAUGGAAUUUGGAGAGGAUCUACUGGAAUCCCAGACUGCCCCAACUCGAGGAUGGGCCCCCCCUGGCCCUUCUCCCUCCUCGGGCGCCCUGGACCUGCUUGAUACUUCUGCUGGCCUGGAAAAAGACCCUGGAGUUCUGGAUGGAGCCACUGAGCUACUGGGGUUGGGGGGGCUGCUCUAUAAAGCCCCCUCUCCCCCAGAGGUGGACCAUGGUCCUGAAGGAACCCUUGCCUGGGAUGCAGGGGAUCAGACCCUAGAACCUGGACCAGGGGGCCAGACCCCUGAGGUGGUGCCACCUGACCCAGGGGCUGGGGAAAAUACUUCUUCACCUGAGGGGCUACUAGAGCCUUUGGCUCCAGAUUCUCCAAUAACCCUGCAGUCUCCCCACAUUGAAGAGGAGGACACAACCUCCAUAACUACCACCAGAAGGGGCUCUCCUAGGCAGGAGGAGGAGCUUCCCCAAGGGCAGCCACAGAGCCCAAAUGGUCCCCCUAGCCCUUCGGUGGGAGAGACUCUGGGGGAUGGAAUCAACAAUUCUCAGACCAAACCUGGGGGCUCUAGCCCCCCUGCACAUCCUUCCUUGCCAGGAGAUGGCCUAACUGGGAAGGGGAAUGAGAAGCCGCCUGAGAGGAAGAGAAGCGAGCGCGUUAGAAGAGCAGAGCCUCCAAAACCUGAGGUUGUGGAUUCCACUGAGAGCAUUCCAGUGUCAGAUGAAGAUUCUGAUGCCAUGGUAGAUGACCCCAAUGAUGAGGACUUUGUGCCAUUCCGGCCCCGACGCUCUCCUCGCAUGUCCCUACGCUCAAGCGUGGCACAAAGGGCUGGGCGCUCUGCAAUGGGCACUAAGAUGACUUGUGCACAUUGCCGGACACCACUGCAGAAGGGCCAGACAGCCUAUCAGCGCAAGGGGCUACCUCAGCUCUUUUGCUCUUCAUCUUGUCUCACCACUUUCUCCAAGAAGCCCUCAGGCAAAAAGACCUGUACCUUCUGCAAGAAGGAGAUCUGGAACACCAAGGAGUCAGUUGUGGCACAGACUGGUUCAGGUGGCUCUUUCCAUGAGUUCUGCACAUCAGUGUGUCUCUCCUUGUAUGAGGCUCAGCAGCAGCGCCCAAUCCCCCAGUCUGGGGAUCCCGCUGAUGCCACUCGCUGCAGCAUAUGCCAGAAGACUGGAGAGGUCCUGCAUGAGGUCAGCAAUGGCAGCGUGGUGCACCGGCUUUGCAGCGAUUCUUGCUUCUCCAAAUUCCGGGCCAACAAGGGACUGAAAACCAACUGUUGUGACCAGUGUGGGGCUUACAUCUAUACCAAGACCGGGAGCCCUGGCCCCGAGCUUCUCUUCCAUGAGGGCCAACAAAAGCGGUUCUGCAACACAACCUGCUUAGGGGCAUACAAGAAGAAAAACACACGUGUGUACCCAUGUGUCUGGUGCAAGACCCUGUGUAAGAACUUUGAGAUGCUAUCACAUGUGGAUCGUAAUGGCAAGACCAGCUUGUUCUGUUCCCUGUGCUGUACCACUUCUUACAAAGUGAAGCAGGCAGGGCUCACUGGCCCUCCCCGACCCUGCAGCUUCUGCCGCCGCAGCCUCUCUGACCCCUGUUACUACAACAAGGUUGAUCGCACAGUCUACCAGUUCUGCAGCCCCAGCUGCUGGACCAAGUUCCAGCGCACAAGCCCUGAGGGGGGCAUUCACCUGAGCUGUCACUACUGCCAUAGUCUCUUCAGUGGCAAACCUGAGGUCUUGGACUGGCAGGACCAGGUGUUCCAGUUCUGCUGCCGUGAUUGCUGUGAAGACUUCAAGCGGCUUCGGGGUGUGGUGUCCCAGUGUGAGCAUUGUCGACAGGAGAAACUCUUGCAUGAGAAACUCCGUUUCAGUGGGGUGGAGAAAAGCUUCUGCAGUGAAGGCUGUGUGCUGCUCUAUAAACAGGACUUCACUAAGAAGCUGGGCUUAUGCUGUAUCACUUGUACUUACUGCUCCCAGACCUGCCAGCGGGGAGUCACUGAGCAACUAGAUGGUAGCACCUGGGACUUUUGCAGUGAGGACUGUAAGAGCAAGUACCUACUGUGGUACUGCAAGGCUGCUCGGUGCCAUGCCUGUAAACGCCAAGGGAAGCUGCUGGAGACCAUCCACUGGCGUGGGCAGAUCCGUCAUUUCUGCAACCAACAGUGUCUGUUGCGCUUCUAUAGCCAGCAGAACCAACCCAACUUGGAUACCCAGAGUGGGCCUGAGAGCCUCCUGAACAGUCAGUCUCCUGAGUCAAAGCUCCAGACACCCUCUCAAACCAAAGUGGAGAACAGCAACACAGUGAGGACCCCAGAGGAAAAUGGGAAUUUUGGCAAGAUCUCUGCAAAGACCCGAUCAGCUCCAACUGCUCCCACCCCUCCUCCACCCCCACCGUCCCCAGCAACACCCCGCAAAAACAAAGCUGCCAUGUGUAAGCCACUGAUGCAGAAUCGAGGAGUCUCUUGUAAGGUGGAGAUGAAGUCCAAAGGGAGUCAGACAGAAGAGUGGAAGCCACAAGUGAUCGUGCUGCCCAUCCCAGUGCCCAUCUUUGUGCCAGUGCCUAUGCAUCUGUACUGCCAGAAAGUCCCGGUGCCUUUCUCAAUGCCUAUCCCGGUGCCUGUGCCCAUGUUCUUGCCCACUACCUUGGAGAACACAGACAAGAUUGUGGAAACCAUUGAGGAGCUGAAGGUGAAGAUCCCUUCCAACCCCUUGGAGGCUGACAUCCUGGCUAUGGCAGAAAUGAUUGCAGAGGCUGAGGAGUUAGACAAGGCUUCAUCUGACCUUUGUGAUCUUGUGAGCAACCAGAGUGCAGAGGGACUUCUGGAGGACUGUGACCUGUUUGGGCCAGCUCGAGAUGAUGUCCUGGCCAUGGCUGUCAAGAUGGCCAAUGUCUUAGAUGAGCCUGGACAAGACUUGGAAGCAGAUUUCCCCAAGAAUCCUUUGGACAUUAACCCCAGUGUAGACUUCCUCUUUGAUUGUGGCCUGGUUGGGCCUGAAGAUGUGUCUACUGAACAAGACCUUCCCCGAACCAUGAGGAAGGGUCAGAAGCGGCUGGUGCUUUCAGAAAGCUGUUCCAGGGACUCCAUGAGCAGCCAGCCUAGUUGUACUGGACUCAACUAUUCAUAUGGUGUCAAUGCUUGGAAGUGCUGGGUACAGUCAAAAUAUGCCAACGGAGAAACCAGCAAGGGUGAUGAGCUGCGCUUUGGCCCCAAACCCAUGCGUAUCAAAGAGGAUAUUCUUGCCUGCUCAGCUGCUGAGCUCAACUACGGACUGGCCCAGUUUGUGAGAGAAAUUACUCGACCCAAUGGCGAGCGCUAUGAACCUGACAGUAUCUACUAUCUGUGUCUUGGCAUCCAGCAGUACUUGCUGGAAAAUAACCGAAUGGUGAAUAUUUUCACGGACCUUUACUACCUGACUUUCGUUCAAGAACUCAACAAGUCUCUGAGUACCUGGCAGCCCACGCUCCUCCCCAACAGUAAGGGACAGGGAAUGCAUCCCUCCCCUACAGACACGGGUCCUGGGAAACGGAAGAGAGAAGAUGAAGCUCCUAUCUUAGAACAGCGUGAGAACCGCAUGAAUCCCCUCCGCUGCCCUGUCAAGUUCUAUGAAUUCUAUCUCUCAAAAUGUCCUGAAAGCCUCCGGACUCGCAACGAUGUAUUCUACCUGCAACCCGAGCGGUCCUGCAUCGCCGAGUCACCUCUCUGGUAUUCUGUGAUUCCCAUGGACCGCAGCAUGUUGGAAAGCAUGCUCAAUCGUAUCCUGGCUGUGCGUGAGAUUUAUGAGGAACUGGGUCGUCCUGGUGAGGAAGACCUGGACUGAGCCCAUGUGCCGUCUGUAUCCAUUUUUCACAUCAUCAGUGUCUGUCCUGUGGCCACGUUAUGCAGAGUGACUGGCCUAGGAACCACUGCUACUCAUUCUGAAGGGGCCUAACUGCCCCUUUCCACUCACCCAUUCCCUGCCUUCUCUAGGAACCCCUGGCUUUUACCUUCUUCCAUACCACUUGACAAACACGAGGUCCUAGUCUUCUGUACUUAGGAGCUGGUCUCUCGGUGUUGGGUAAAACCCAGCUGGCCCGUUUUCCUUAUACUUCAAAGUAAACCCUUUCUCUUGGGUCCAGACUCUGGGUAGAGUGUUAAUAUCUCUGGUGAUUCUGUUGGCUUUGGGUUUCCUGACCCAUCCCAUGUAGGUAAAGCCUCUUGUUCCUAGCUUUGACCUAGGGAAGAACCCAGCUGCCAGCUGCCAUCUCUGCCCUGUGCCCAUUUCCUUCUCAAAUCUUCCCCAGUCCCACUAAAAAGGGUCUUAUCUGAAAGUUAUGAGAGAAACUAUGACAGUAAUGAGGGGACCAUUUAUCUGAAACACAAAGCGUAGACACUGUUCCCCUCCUGUGAGAUAAUUGGUUGCUGGUACCCUCUUACCACCAUGUCCCCCACCCCACCCCAGCAAGCACCAGCCCUUGGUGCUGCAGUUAAAAAAAAAGCUUCCAAAUGUGUUCUUUUCCUCAGAGGCAGAGAAUGACUCUAAGUAUGGGGAGCAGACUCCUGUUGUGCAGAUUCCUGUCCCCUUGGUUUAUGUGUUUGUCUCUCUCUGCCAUCUUAGGUUGGCAUGAGCCAUGGUGUCAACAUGCUUAGCCCCUUUCUGUAACUGCCUCCCUUUAGUUCAAUGGACAGUGUUCCCAAGGCAAAAACUACCUUCUGACUUGGGUGGGGGCUGGGUUCUCCACUCUUGUUUUCCCCCAUCAUGAGAGCCAGGCCAAGUCUAUGGAGGCCUGGGUCAUGUAGGAUGGGAUCUGUGGUCAAAGAAUAGGUGAGGAGCUCUUGGCAAGUUCCCUGCCCCUACUGCCUACAUCCCCCAUCCACUUCCCCAUCUUGACUUUGAGGCCCAGAAAACUAUUAGUGUCUGGAAAAGGGGGUACCCAGUUCUUUCCCUGUUGGCUUUGCUGUUCCCUAGCUUCCUUUUUGUGUUUUUAUAACUGUCACCGGUUUAGCCACUGUUUAAAUUGUAUAUAUUGUUCCAAGGCGCCUGGCCUGUCCCUUUAGUGAGCCAUGCCCACCCUUGUGUUGUAGUGAGAAGCUGUUGUCAUGACUAACCUUCUGUCUCUGGAAUUGUUUGUUCAAAUAAAGAGUUAAAAUUGUC